GACAGUCUCUACGGCCCGGCCUUGUGUUGAAUUUUCCACACUUUGGAACUUGAUCAAUUACCACCAACGUGGGCGUAAGGUACGGUGGCGGGAGAUUGCAAUUCUCCCUUCCAUGGCUGAGAAGUGCAAGUAUUCUUGCAAGACUGCUAGUGAAACCCUAGAAUGGAUUCAUGCAAUUAUCCACUUCAUAUCGCCUUACCGUUAUUUCUUAGAUGCUCAUGUCGUCAAUUUCUUCAAGGAUAGACUGUGGGAAGCAGUUGAUAAAGAGUGGAUGCAUUGUUUACGGAAGGAGCCUGUUGAAAAUCUUCUCCGAAUUCCGUCUGGUGUCGUUCAGGGUCACUGGCCCGUUUCACUUAAGGAAUUCAUCCUUACUCUGAGGUCUCUUUCUCUUCCACGUGAACAGACAGAUUUGCAGGAAUUUUCAGGAAUGCACAUAGCUUCACUAAGUAAUGUUUUAGCUCAAGGCAUGAAUCAUAAGAAAAAACAUGAAGUAGAGGCCCUUGCUGCCCUGGUCGGUUUAGUUGCAAAGCAAGUUGGAGCACGGACAGUUGUUGAUGUUGGUGCUGGACAGGGUUAUCUUGCUCAAGUGCUUUCCUUUGAGUACCAGCUUUCUGUAAUUGCCAUUGAUGCUUGUUCACAUCAUGGUAAGAUUACUGAUGCACGUGUGGAGCGAAUCAGGAAGCACUAUGCAGCUAAGAUGCGUAAAAAUGGCUCCGAACUUAGAGAGAUUAGCAUGCCAAAGACAGUUACAUGCCGGGUGCUGUCUUCUGACACAUUGAAGACCUUAAGUAACUUCCGAGAAGAGAAUGAUGAUGCAGCGAAUCAAUAUUUGAGCCGAAAAAGUUCGGGCUCUCAGCCCUCUCGGCUUACUGAGAAUAUACUGCCUUCUCUAUCCUAUAGUGAUUCUUCAUUAGUUAUUGCUGGACUUCAUGCCUGUGGAGACCUCUCGGUGACAAUGCUGAGGACAUUCUUGGAAUGUGACAACGCUAAGGCGGUGAUUAGCGUUGGUUGCUGUUAUAACUUGCUUUCCGAGGAAGCCAGUGACAUGGUGGAUUCUUGUUGUGGUUUUCCUGUAAGCCAAGGUGUUAAAUCUGCUGGAGUAGUGCUAGAUAAAAAUGCUCGUGAUCUAGCUUGUCAGAGUGCUGAUAGAUGGAGAGGCUUGGAUGAGCACGCAGGACUUCACAACUUUGAGUUGCAUGCAUUCCGUGCUGCUUUCCAGAUGGUUCUUUUCAGACAUUACCCACACAUAUUGCAAGAAAGCCCUACAAUAGGACGUCAAGGGAAAGCCUUACGACGCCAACAGCAUCAGAGGAUCCUGGAGUCUAAUUUGCAUUAUAGGGGCCCUUCAGAAUCUGGGAAGCCAUGGGAGAAUGUGGCCUUUUUCCAUGAGUACUCCUCUAUUCAGAAUUCGAAAAGUAGGGAGUCUAGCACUGUGGACAGAUACUCACUAUUUGUAAAAUUUUGUGAAUCUGGGCUAGGUCGCCUACAUCUCCCUUGUUUGGAGGAUAUUGAUUACAGUGCAGUCUGGAGGGAGUCUGAAUCAUAUGCUAUUGGGGAACAUGCAUAUCUUCUGUACCUUUAUAGGACACAUUAUAAACACAAUUCAUUACUUGAGUUAAUAGGGCCUUAUUGGUCUCUUCGUGCUGCCCUGGGUCCUGUCUUGGAAACUCUUGUACUGCUUGACCGAUUGUUGCUUCUCCAGGAGUAUGGCAAUGAUCUGGAAGCAAGCCUCUUACCUAUUUUUAGUCCUGUAUUAUCUCCGAGGAAUAUGGCUAUCAUAGCUAAGAAAAUUAGAAAGUAGAAAAUCUUCCUCAAUGUGAUUCAAAUACUGUGACCAAGAGAAAAGUUUUGGGGCCAGGAACAAGCUAUUUACAGGGUACUGGUGGAAGGAAGUAUUUGCGGUGAAAAUGUAUUAUAUUUCUCCACUUUGAGAAUCAAAGCGUGGAAUAUUUGUAUUGGCAAGCGUCAGUGGAUGACAAUAUCUAAUUGUGGCUUUCUUGGUUUUUGUAUUAAUAUUUUAAUUUGUUUGCAGGUAUUUGUUUUGCAAGGUGUUGGCUGAGAGAUCUCUGUACACACAUUUGAGCUCAAGUUAGUCUACUGUUUGUUCUCUCUUCUUUGAGAAGGCAACUAGGCAAGCCUUAUGACUGAUUUGAUGGUUAUCAAUUGAGCCAUUUUGUUUUAUACGUGGAUCUGACGUUGCUGUGUUUUUCAUAAUAGGAUUUGUUUAAUUUCAACCAAUUACCUCCUAUAAUCUUUUAUUUUUCCAAUAACCGUAUCGCUGAUGUAGAUCUUUAUUGGUUUCAAGUUGUGUCCACUCUAUAUUUUUGUGAUUAUCUUAUGGACCUUGUAUUCACUUGUAUGUAGUGUAAGAAACUGUCUUCUUUUUA